UUGCAGAUCUUGAUAACUUAUGACAAUACUCUCGGUAGUGGGAGGCAAGGGCCCUGGGCCAAUCGAGGGUGAAGAACCCGAACGAGUGUCGAGAUCCCUUCACCAGAGUGCGUUAACAGCGGAAGAAUUGGGUUUCUUCAAUGAAGUAAAAAAUUUCCUAGGGAGCAGCGUAAAUGAACAAAUGCUUGUGCAAGCGAUCAAGAGUCAUGGAUCUCAUACGCAGUCUCAUUUAAGCGGUAAUAACGUUUUGAACGAUGUCAUUAGCCUUUAUUUCGACCGAAUGGAAUCGGUCGAGAAACCAAAUAAGCAAGUUCGAUUUGAUGAGCAUCUGGAUGUUCCUUCUCCAGCUCCGUCAGUUAGCCGUCCAUAUUCUUUUAAUACACGUGGUACAACAAUGGAAGAGCCGAAAGUAAUCGAUCUAGCGUCAGACGAGGAUAAAGGUGUUCAGAAAUGGGGAAAUAUACCACGAAAUGUUCUGGGGAAUCGGGAAGAACAGGAUGUUAUUAAAGCUAUUGAAGAGUCCUUGAAAGACAAUCAGAAUAUUCCUGGUUUCUCUCCUUUUGCUCAAAGGGAUCCGGAAAAUCCAUAUGAAAGGCGACGAUGCGGUUUAUCACCUGUGGGGUUGAAAAAUAUAGGCAAUAGUUGCUGGUUCAACGUUAUCGUGCAAACGCUGUUCCAUAUACCACGUUUUCGUCAAAUGUUGUUCGAUAUACCAACCAAAAAUAGGACGAGAUAUAUCAUUACCAAAUCAAAUUCUUGGGAAAAUGAAUCAAGCCAACUUAAUGAAACUAAUAUGGAUACGUUAACAACCUCACUUUUAAUAUCUCUCCGUCAACUUGCUGCCUGUCUUAAAGCGUCAUCGCGCGCAUAUGUUGAUCCAACAAAUGUAUUAAAGAUAAUCAGCGAAUUGAAUACGAGCUUGAAUAAAGCUGCUCCUUGUAUAGGCAUUCAACAGGAUGCUACCGAAAUGCUUUUGCGGCUAAUUGAGUGGCUUGAGGUAGCCUUCAGAGUUGAAUCAGUACCAGAAAUGCAGUCACUUUACCCAUCGGCUUCUAGCAUUCCGUAUGGAGAAAUCAUGGAUACUAAUGAUGAAAAUAUGAUGCCGAGUGGUUCUAACUCGGAGCAUACAUUAACGCCAGGUGGUGAGGCGUCUUUUGAUAAUUUAUCCAGUGAUGAUCUCAAUUCGAAUCCUGCUCCAGAACAUCCGUUUAAUGCACUUUUUCACGGUUCACAUGUAGAAAUUCGACCUAGUGCUGAAAUCACAGUCGGAGUUUCACCACCUCUGAAGCUGGCAAAUUCACUACAGAUGAUCAAUUUGGAUGUCACUUAUGACAACUUAUACGACUCAUUGGAAGCUUAUCACCUGUCUGACGCACCAGCGAAAGAGUUAUGGUUUGAGUCGUUGCCGCCUGUUGUCAUUUUUUCGCUGGUUCGGUUCAGUUAUAAAAAUGGUCAGACGGAAAAAGUACACAGCCAAUUUCAAUUUCCUCGUGUUAUAUACAUGGAUCGUUUUUUGUAUCGAAAUCGUACAUUUGUGAGUGAGAAACGGAUUGAACGUAAAUCUUUAAAGAAACGGCUUGCAAAUGUCAAGUGUGAAUUAGAAGGAUGGGAGAAAUUUCCAGCUGGUGACACAAAAGUACCGCUCCCAUCUCUGAUAGAUGCUGUUGUCAAAUAUGCAUCGUCGGCGACAAAUGGAAACAUCCCCAUCAACUGCGAUACGUGCAAACAGCAACCAAUGGAAGUUUGUGAUGAAACUUCGUCACUUUCGACAGUUGUAUCUGGUUCUUCAAAUCUUCAUGUAGGACCGUGCGAUUUAGAAAAAGGCAAUGCAAUGUUAGCAUGUCCUUGCCUUGAUAAAGCAAUAAUCCCAGCAGAUGUUGACAUCAAUGCGGUUACAAGUUUCCUGCAAACGCUUUCAGCAAAUGCACAGAAGCGAAUUAACGAACUACAACAAGAGGCAAAUACAUUGCAAGAAAAUAUUGAGUCGAUCUUUGAUGUCGACGGUAUGAGAGAGGAACCGUAUCAUUUGCACAGCGUUAUUGUCCAUGAGGGAGAAGCAAAUGUUGGACAUUAUUGGGCCUAUAUAGCUAGCUCCCCGUUAUGCAAUGUCCACGAUAAAGAAGUACCGUGGCGUAAAUUUAAUGAUAAAAGUGUUGAGCCGGCAACUUGGCAGCAAAUUGAAGAAGAUUCAUUUGGUUCGAGAAGGGCUUGCUCUGCAUAUUGCUUAGUUUAUACGCGAAAGAAAUGUGAGAACGUGCUAUAUGGACAAGAACAAAAACAGCCAGCUCAGUCGAUCGUCGAGUUGAUUGACAGCUUACCGAGUGAUCUGAAACUUGAAGUUUCCGCAGAUAACGCUUUGUUUGGUGCAGAAAUGAUCAAAUGGGAUACUGACCAUCCAGCCAUUGUAUAUGAACCUGAAAAUAGAACCCUUAUCACUCCUUACAAAGAUGUGGAUUUGAUGGACAUGGUGUCGUACAAGGGUCCAGUUGAUUUCGAUGCACUAUUCAAACGACACUAUGAUCAUGCAGCUCGAUUUUUCGGAUUGUUUAUGUUGAAAAGUGCCUUGAGUGCUCUGAAUAUAGUGGAUGAACUGUUUUUGGAGCGAGAUGAAAGUGCAUUCAGUCUGAUACAAGAGCUGCUUGCAAACCAUAUGGGUCAUUAUGAAAAAGCACUGAAAAUGUCGAAUGUACUCUACAGCGACAGAUUAAUGUUCCUGAUCGAUUGGGCGUCAAUAUUCGGCGUACCGUUAAAUAACCCAGCAAGAUCGAUUUACAUUUUACGAAUGCUAAUGAAUAUAGAUGCAACUCAAUAUUCUAACGUGGUAUCAGCUUGCGAGAAAGUUGUUGAGAAGUUUGUUGGAGAUGAUCCAUCGUCAGAAAUCACCCUGCAUAAUACGCUUAUCCUUUAUGAAUUGUUUUGCCAAAUGAUAGCUGUGAUGACCGAUAUCGUCAAGAAAGUUGAUCUUUCUUCAAUCAAGCAGAGUAGAACUACGCUUUCAACGGACAUACAGCAAUCGCGUCUACUCUGUGUUUCGAUUCGAAUGAUGGAGAGAAUUGAUAUGUAUGCAACAGUGAAGUCUUCCGAUUUAGAGCAAAAGCUCUUUUUCUGUUUGAUACAUAACGCUCUUCUCAUCAUUUAUGUCAUUAGGAUAACUCAGCGCCUCACCGACCACAUCGGUUGUGAAUCGGAUGAUAGUAUUUUGGCAGACAAUGAAAAUUUCUUGGAUAAGGAAUACAAAGCAAUGAUUGUUCGACUGCACAGGAUGGGUAACGAUGCUUCCGAAAGGACUAUCCAGUAUGUCGUUUCCAUGUGGAAUCAGUUGCUAUCAAACUCGAACGGUUUGCAGAGAGUACCUUGGGUUUAUCAGAAAAUUUUGGAUGCAUCGGAGCAGAAAACGCCAUUCAAUAUGCCAGCACCAAAAUUGAACGUGAAAGCUGGAAAUUCAGGAUAUGAUCUUUUCCUCUUGAGGCAAGUAAUGAGUGUUAAUCUCGAAGUCAAAUGCACAGAUGAUUUAAAUAUUUUAGUACGGACAUUACUUCAAGGAAAAAGCAGUAUCCUUGAUAAUGCUAGUAGUAAUUGA